AUGGUGACUGUGAUGAUAUUAUCCCUAGUUUUGUUUCUGCUGGGUUUGCAGUUCCUGAGACUGCGAUGGAGAAGUCGCCGGUUUCCUCCUGGCCCGAUCCCAUUUCCCAUCAUUGGAAGCUUGUGGUGGAUAAAUUUUAGAGCUGAUCAUGGGAGCCUGAAAAAGCUAGCAAAAACCUAUGGGAACAUCUGCACCCUAUGGCUGGGCCACAAACCUGUAGUGGUGCUGUAUGGCUUCAAAGCGGUGAAGGAUGGCCUCACCACCAACUCAGAGGAUGUUUCUGGGCGGCUACAGACCCACUUGUUCAACAGAUUUUCUUCUGGAAAAGGUAUCCUGGUUUCAAAUGGUCUCAUCUGGAAAGAUCAGAGACGUUUUGGAAUUGCGACUCUCCGGAAACUGGGAAUGGGGAAUAAAGGAAUGGAACGUGGGAUACAAACCGAGGCCCGGCACUUGGUGGAGUUCUUCAGGAGCAAAGACGGAAGAGCUGUUGACCCUUCCUUCCCCAUUGUUCAUGCAGUCUCCAAUGUGAUCUGUGCUGUGGUGUUCGGGCAUCGUUUCUCCCUGCAGGAUGAAACUUUCCGCCAGCUGAUGGAAGCAUACAGUGAGAUUGUGGCUUUUGGGAACAGCUACCUUUACUAUAUAUUUGAAGUUCUCCCAUGGCCUUUAGGGUACCUCCCAGGAUCCAUACGAAAAGUAGAAUCUUGCUGUAAUUUUAUUCAUUCUUUCAUAAGGCAGGAGAUCAAAAGUCAUAGGGAGAGACGCACAGUGGAAGAACACAAAGAUUUCAUUGACUUUUACCUGGAUCAGAUGGAGAAAACUAAAAAUGUCCCAAAUUCUACUUAUGAUGAAGAAAACAUGUUGCAUUCUGUUUUUGAUCUCUUCCUGGGUGGCUCAGAGACCACUGCUACCACUCUGCGUUGGGCACUACUCUACAUGGUGGCUUAUCCAGACAUCCAAGAGAAAGUCCAAAAGGAGCUCGAUGCUGUUCUGGGCUCUUCCCACCAAAUCGACUAUGAGGAUCGAAAGAAACUGCCUUACACAAAUGCUGUGAUUCAUGAGAUCAUCCGCUUUAGCAGCAUUAUUUUAAUCACCAUUCCCAGACAAGCAGUGAAGGAUACAACCGUGCUGGGUUAUCAGGUUCCAAAGGGUACCAUCAUCAUGGCAAACAUAGACUCAACUCUUUUUGACCCUGAGUAUUGGGAGACCCCUCACCAGUUCAACCCUGGUCAUUUCUUGGACAAGGAUGGGAACUUUGUGAUCCGAGAGGCAUUCCUAGCCUUCUCAGCAGGUCAUCGUGUGUGUCUGGGAGAGGUGAUGGCCAAGAUGGAGCUUUUCAUCAUCUUCUGCAGCCUGCUGCAGACAUUCAAGUUCACCCCACCAGAAGGAGAUAAGGAGAUCAAUCUGAGCUUUGUCUUUGGGAGCACAAUGAAACCUCACCCCUAUAAGCUCUGUGCAGUUCUUCGCUAGGUUGCAGCGCGUGGUAGAUUUGGGGAAGAGGCACUCCCAGGGGUUUGCAAGUACACUGAUCUUUUCUUUUCUGUACCUUUUAUA